AUGAAGAAGCUUUUCUGCUCCUGGCGUGGGAAGGAUGAGUCCCGCAGCUGCACCUCAGACCUGCAGUAUAUAGGUCCGGCCAGGUCUCGCUCAGGCCUCCUGUCCCAACCGGGUUACAACUUGCGAGAUAGGGAUUUAAAGAAGCUUCAUAAAGCUGCCUCAGUCGGAGAUUUGGAGACGGUGCAAAAGUGUCUUCAGCUCAAGAAACAUGAUGUAAACGUGCGGGACAAAGAACACAGAACACCUUUGCAUCUGGCCUGCGCUAAUGGAUUUCCAGAUAUUGUCUCUCUCUUAAUUGAUAAACAAUGCGAUAUAAAUAUGCAAGAUAGUGAAAAAAAAUCUCCAUUGAUUAAGGCAGUACAGUGUCAGAAGGAGAACUGUGCUACUCUUCUUCUACACCAUGAUGCAGACCCCAAUCUCGUAGAUUCUGACCGCAAUACCGCUCUUCAUUAUGCUGUCUGUGGUCAAAGUAUUUCAUUAGUAGAAAAACUGCUUGAACACAAAGCUAAUCUUGAAGCACAAAAUACGGAUGGAUAUACUCCACUUUUACUUGCUGUUAUUGAAGAUAAUGCAAAAAUGGUAGAAUUUCUUCUGAAGAAAGGGGCAGAUGUGAAUGCUUCAGAUAACUCUCAAAGAACAGCGCUCAUGAUUGCUCUCAGUGAAGAACCAACAAGUUUAGUCAGUCUUAUUCUUCAGCAAGAUGUGGACCUAUCCUGCAGAGAUAUUUAUGGAUUCACAGCUGAGGAAUAUGCUUCUUUUAAUGGUUUUACUAUGUAUUAUCAGUUAAUGGCCAAUUAUGGAAAGAAAAGAAAGUUGGACGGAAAUCUCACUAUGAAAAUAUAA